AUGGCCAUGGCGUCGCCCCCGGCACCCCCAGCCAAGAAGCGGAAGAUGAACUUCUCGGAGCGGGAGGUGGAGAUCAUCGUGGAGGAGCUGGAGCGAGGCAAGCACCUCCUCAUCAACCACUUCAACGCGGGCGUGCCCCUGGCCGCCAAGGCCGCCGCCUGGCACGACAUCCUGCGCCGCGUCAACGCCGUCGCCACCUGCCACCGCGAGCUGCCCGAGGUCAAGAAGAAAUGGUCCGACCUCAAGACCGAGGUGCGACGCAAAGUGGCCCAGGUCCGGGCUGCCAUGGAAGGGGGAGGCGAGAGCCAGAACGGCAGCGGCAACGGGCCAGAGAGCGAAGACCCGACGGGCGCUGCAACCACCCCGGUUAUCCUCACCCCCAUGCAGCAACGCAUCUGCAACCUGCUGGGAGAAGCCACCAUCAUCAGUUUGCCAAGUGGGGACUGCAGCGCAGGUGACGGGACCGAGAUACCCAUCACCGCGUCAGCCACCACGGUCACCCUGACCCAGAUUCCUGCAGAGACGACCUACCACAGUCUGGAGGAUGGAGUCGUGGAGUACUGCACAACAGAAGCCCCCACCACAGUGACCGCCGAAGCACCAUUGGAGAUGAUGGCGCAUCAACACGAAGUGUCUGCGAAACCCCAGGAGCUGAAAAGCCGAAUUGCCCUGAACUCAGCCAAGCUCUUGCAGGAGCAGCGAGUCACCAACUUGCACGUGAAGGAGAUUGCCCAGCACCUGGAGCAGCAGAAUGACUUGCUUCAGAUGAUUCGUCGCUCUCAGGAGGUGCAGGCCUGCGCCCAGGAGCGACAGGCACAAGCCAUGGAGGGAACACAGGCGGCACUGAGUGCCCUCAUCCAGGUCCUCCGACCCAUGAUUAAGGACUUCCGUCGAUUUUUGCAGAGCAAUACACCCAGUCCAUCGGUCACUGCUGACCCCAGCCAGGCAGGACAGCAAGACGGCAUGAUCCAGUGAAAGAAACAGUGAUGGGACAUCUUGGAAAAAAAACCUGCCUGUGCUGCCCCUGGACACAGGGAGCGAGGGAU